AUGAAGAGUGAUGAGCAUCCUUUGGAGCACAAAUGGACGUUGUACUUUGACUCAAAGACAUGGAACCCGUCUACAAGUCAAGGUUCAAGCGAGCCACCAAAGUCACCUGCUUUGUCGGCUUCAAGCAGUAGUGCAACUUCUUGGGAAGCAACGUUGAAGAUGCUUGGUCAAUAUGAUACCGUGGAAAAGUUUAUGACCACUUUCCGAACAUUGCGUAGACCUUCGCAAUUGGAACGUAAUAGCAAUUAUCAUUUGUUCAAGAAUAACAUCAAGCCAAUGUGGGAAGAUCCGGCAAACACAAAAGGUGGCAAAUGGACGAUCACCUUGCGUGGAGCAAACCAAGCUUUGCUAGACCGUAGCUGGAUGUGGCUUGUGCUGGCAUUGAUUGGUGAAGAUAUCGAUGAAGCGGAUGACAUUUGCGGUGCCGUUGUUUCAACGCGUACGAAAGGAGAUCGUAUCGCAUUGUGGAUCCGUGAUAAGUCAAAUGUUGAUUUGGUCAACAAGAUUGGUCGUAAAUUUGUUUCGGUUUUGGAUCUAGAAAAAGAAUCUGGAGUCAGCUUGGAAUUCAGUGCGAAUAUGCAGGAUGAGAAGCCUUUCCCUGCAAAG